AUGGCAAUGCAAAGUCCGGCCGUAGGACAUCCACCUGAGCGCUGCGAACUGGAACCAAGCCCCGAGCAGAACGAAGCAGUGGAAAAUUUGGUGCGAUGCGCCGACAAUGUCAAAGCUGCCGGGGAAGAAGCGCUCCGGGAAGCGCUCGGCAUAGAGCACCGCGCCAAAGAUGUAGCUCGCGCCGCCAGCGACGACGUAGUCGAGCCCCAUCAUGUUGCGAGAGUACUCGAUGCCCUUCCAGAGCGCGACGUGGCCGCAGGGAAUGACGGCCGACAGACCCAGGCCAAUGAAGGUCAGCGUGCGGUGCCAGCGAUGUCCGCGGUGAUGAGGCGAGAGCACCAUGUAGCCCGAUGCGAUGCCGGCGCUGAUGAUGCCGGCCAUGUACAUAAUCUGCAGACCAGGAUGGCCGUAGAAGCCGUAGUACAUGCCCGGCAGGAUCGAGCCGACGAUGAGCACGACGAUGCCGAUCUGACGUUAGCUAGCAGACUGGCCCAUAAGCUCACGUAA